AUGUUUCACAACUUUAAGGUGAAAAUUGAUCAUCGAAACUACCUGCGCUUCCUUUGGCAUCCAGAGAACGACUUAGAUCUGCCUUUAAAGCAGUACAGAAUGACCGUUCAUGUUUUUGGAAACCGUCCGUCCCCAGCUGUUGCUACAUACGGAAUACGUCGCUGCGUCGCCCACUCGGACCCUGAUGUGAUCGACUUUGUAUCCAACAGAAUCUAUGUUAAUGAUGGACUCCUCAGCUGCCCCAGUGAGGAAGUCGCUGCCGACCUGAUGAAGAGAACUCAGCAGGCUUUGAAAGAAGGGGGACGACUAAAACUUUACAAGAUUUCUUCGAAUUCGAAAUCGGUGCUAAAGAAGUUUCCAGCUGAUGAUCUCUCCAAAGACCUUAAAGAUUUAGACAUUGGGAAGGAUGACUUACCUGUUCAGAGAAGUCCCGGUUUAUCAUGGGAUAUCAACGCUGAUGUCUUCACCUUCAAAAUAUCUUCAGAUCAGAAGCAAUUUACUCAGAGAGGAGUUUUGUCGACAAUAAACAGCUUGUUUGAUCCCCUUGGAUUUGCAUCGCCAGUGACUGUGCAAGGGAAGAUGUUAUUCCGCCAGAUGCUAUCAACUUCCAGUGAAGCUGACUGGGACAAUCCCCUUGAUGACUCCUUCCGAUUGAAAUGGUCAGCUUGGGUCAACUCUGUCCAUCAUCUUGAGGAUGUCAGGAUUCCAAGAAUGUGUUGCAAAUAUUCUGUUUGUGAAUUGCAACACAAGGAAUUGCUUAUUUUUACUGACGCCUCCAAGGAUGCAAUAGCUGCAGUAGCAUUUCUGAAAGUAUGGAAGGACGAGGAGAACAGUGACAUUGGUUUCCUAAUAAGCAAGGCCAAAGUGGCCCCAACACAUGGCCACACAAUUCCAAGGCUGGAAUUGUGUGCAGCAGUUCUUGGGAUAGAGAUAUCAGAAAUCAUCAGAGAACAGAUGGAUUUAGAGAAGAAGAAUUUCAAGUUUUACAGUGACAGUCAGAUUGCUCUUGGUUAUAUAACCAAUGACGCCAGGCGAUUUUACGUCUAUGUUGCGAAUAGAGUGAGUAGGAUUAGAUCGUUCAGUGAACCUGAUCAAUGGCAGCAUGUUACUACUGACCAAAAUCCGGCAGAUUUGGGUACUCGAUCGUUCGAUGCUCAAGAACUCCCUCAAAGUAUGUGGCUACGAGGACCAGCAAUCCUUAGGGAAGACAACUUGUCCACUACCUUUGUGGGAGCACACGAGAACUUUGCUCUCAUAUUAGAUGAUGAUAAGGACGUUAGACCUAUUGUUGCAGUCAACAGAACGACUGUGAAGGAAGAAACAUGUAACUCUUUCAAGACCCGCAUAGAACGAUACUCCAACUGCAUCAGACUAGUUUGUAGUAUAGCUAUAUUGAGGCAUGUUCUGCUCACGAAGGACUCCUGUGAACAUUCGCCCAGACGAUGUCAAUAUUGUCCACAGUCCUUGAAUUCAGGCACCCUGAAAUCAGCUGAGAUUCAUAUUUUGAAAGAGAUACAAAGAUCUGAAUUCAGUGAAGAGGUGGAAUGUCUCAUCAAGAAGCUAGAAGCAUCAUUUCCUUGGCACCAUUUCUGGACUCAUCUUAAACUGUGCAAUUACUCAGAAGGUAGGACACCUACCAGAAUCAUUACCAACCAUUGA